AUGUUCGAGAACCGAGGUAUCACUGUAUUUAAUUUAGAUGAGAUACAAUGUCAUUAUUGUAGGUCAAAUCAAGCAAAGUUGUCUUCACAUUCAGGUGGGUGUCCAUUACUCCCCUUACUCUAUGUACUCCCCUGGUCUCUAUUCGUGGAGAACACACUCACACACACAGAGUAGAGGGAAAAAAAUCUUGAUUAUUAUGCUGUAGACCCUGAGAACAGAAAUUAUGCUUAUGCACAAUCGCCUGAUGUUGAUAUGCGUGUAAGCAGCAGUAUGUAAUGUUGAUAUGAGCUAAAAGGCUUCUAACACCUUUUAUUAUUCUCUUUCUCACUCUCACACACACAUACACACACAUACACACACUCCGUGUCAUGGUGACGCCAGGUGACGGCCGUGGACUGUCACCAUCCGACACUCACACAACUGAUGUUUCAGGUGUAAAGGCGGCAAAGAUCUGAUAGAAUCCGCAGGUUCAUUUGUCACUGGCACAGGUGGGAUUGAACCCUCCCGUCGAUACCACAAAGAGUUUAUUGCUGCUGUAGACUCAAAACAUUUAUUGCCAGUCACACGUGUCAGCGGACCACAUGCGUACACACGGUGUACACAAAAUAAACUGGGUGAGUCACUCACAUUCGCUAGUGCUCGCUUCUCUCUAUCACACACAAAUAAUUUGGAAGUCAGACCCCUUGUCUUUCUCCCUCAACCACCCACAUUCCAGUUUCCAUUUUACUCCCACUCCCUGAUGCUCCGUAGAUUCUUAUUCUUCGCAAAACUCCUUUGUACCUCCUUCCUUCUCUCUCACACACGCCAAUGUUUCCUAUUUUUCAUGUACACACAGUGACAUUAACUUUUCCCUCGCCACGCCCACCUCCACACCCAAAACAUUUUCCUAAAAAAAAAAAGUGCAAAGAAUUGAUUGUCGACAUCAGGAUUGGUGAGGUGGUCUUCUUUAUCGCCUCCUGUCAACGCCAUCUUGUUUCCGAGCGAGCAGCACCUGAACUAACGGUCAAUGACUAAUUACUAGUCUAACCUUGAAUGGAAACUCCUAGGACUGUCAUAAACACUCGCACACGAUACAAUAUUGGCAUCAGAGUUCACAGACUUGCUGCUAAACAUGCCUCUCCAAACAAGAGUCCGUCAAUGUUUGUCUUCAGACUUUGCAGGUCCGAGCGGUUAGAGGCUUUGUAAGCUCCAGACGAUUUUCUUAGGCUUCGUGGUGGUGCAUUCAUUGUUUAUGUCAUUAACAGCAACAACAAACCAUUCUAAAACAAUGAAACAUCAUCGCAUCUUAGUUUUCUGUUUCAUCUAUUAUCUAUCAUCCUUCAUCUGGUCAGCCAGUACUUGCCAUGUCGAAUAUCAGCGGAGGUCGGAAACAGCUAAACAACACUACUCAGCUAUUCGAGCUUAAGAAACUGAGCGACUGACUGACUUACAUUCAGAGUUCAUUCAUUCACUUCACCAGUCGCUGGUAGCAGACACGGAUAGACACGUUGUACCACUCAUGUUUGUCGGGCGAUGGUCUACGACCUGUCUACUCCUUCACGUUCGUCACCCACUUCUUCUCUUGGCUACAAGGUGUCUGCCUCCCUGCAAGGCAUCUUGAAGAACAGUCUAGAAGAGAGAAUCGUGUCCGGUCACACCCGAGCAGCUUCCACCGUGUGACUGUUGCGAGUAGCGGUUCCUGGUGUCCAGCGAGUGUCACCGCGCUCUGUGCAAAGUCAGUAUUCUGUAGACCGAGGGGAAAUCCACACACGAGACAACUGAAUGGCGAAUGUCUUGUACUAUGCAUCCUGAGUACCUAACGACUUAAUCACCAACAGCCGGCCACCCGAGUUGGUCCUCAAGCCUUGUGUCACCCAGUGGUGUGGGUCUCUGGUCCAUGGCAUAGAAUUCAUCCCAGGCUGGGUUACUCCUGUCUUGAGAUUUCUCUUUGACCUCUCUUCAUCUCUCUGCUGUCUACAUCACUUCUGUUCUCAUAAGCUUCUCAUCAAGCUUGUAACUGUUCAGUCUGUAAAGAGUGCUUGUGGCUCAGCUGAGGGUUGGUCAGGGGCGGUCUGCCGCUCAUCCUGUGAUGUAGGAGGUUGUACAAUGACAGACAAAGACUUUCUGUAGGUGUAGAAACUCUCCAGUGUCACCUGCCCUAAUAUUUCACUUCCUCUUUGCAGUUGCUUUUUAUUUACCGUGUCCUCUUUUUUUUUUAUAUUUUCUCUCUCUCAGUUAAUCUCCCUUUCUUGCUUUCGUGAUGAGGAUGAAACGAUGGCGAGUGUGAGGGCCGCUUAAAGAAAAGAACGACAACAAGAAGAAACAACACACACUCACACGCGCGCGGAAGUGUUCCACAGUUGCAUCCCCAUCCUCAGCAGGCGAUGUAAAGAAAUUGAUGGCACACUGAGCAGACUAAUCGCAUUAAGACCUACGCGACCCAGUCACCCCUUGGAGCGAACAAGAUGAGACUUUGUGGCGAAGGGUGCGGUCCGCCGGCCACGGGGAAUGGGGGAAUGGGUUGGGGAGGGGAGACUGAAUGAGAGAGUUCGUGGGGAUUAGAGGAGUCCUUCGUCAUGCAGACCACUGGGUGCUGCGACAGAGGGUGUGGUCCACUGGGCCCGCGCUGGGCAGCCAGAGCGAGUGUUUAUUUGCAUGCCUGUCACCUGGGGUGGCCCGGAUUUCUGGCUGAGACCGAGUAAAUGAUGCAGUCACAUGACGACCUAUUGUGCAGGUCACGUGGCAGCCUAUUGUGUGAGUAAUAUAAAUUAGCAGACGAAAGAUUUGCGGCAACGAGGUCUGCAAAGCGUCCAGCCAUCAUCUUGCCAUGAGCACGUGUCGACUGUUAGCGCUUCUUCUCAGCGCCACCCUGGCGAGUUUGGGCCUCGUCCGUGUGUCGGGAGAAUGCUCUUCCGGUUGGGGCAAAGAACCCAAGUACGACGACUCUUCUUGCAAGAGUUACUGGUACUGCGAAGACUAUUAUGGUCGCGUGGAGCACUGUCCCCAUGGCUACCAGUUUCACUACGAGUACAAGGACUGCCUAAAGGAUGAAGAUGUUUUGUGCAAGUGGCAGCUCAGCUCCUACCAUUCGUCCUACAGCAGCAGUGGCAGUGACAGCAGCUGGGGCUCUAGUCACGGUUCGUGGAGCAAGGAAUGUCACGAGGAACACGGCAAGGAGCCCGACUAUGAGGCCGAGCACUGCGAGACCUACUACUCGUGUCACGACCACCACGGGUCCCUGGAACACUGUCCCCAUGGCCACCAGUUCGACUUCCACGACAAGGAGUGUUACGAGGACAAGUACGUCUACUGUCAGGAGCAGCGCAAGUCCUACAGCGGCCAUGACAGUCACAGCGAGCACGGACAUCACGACAGCGGACACAGCAGCGCCAUGUCGAGUUAUGAAUGUCACGAGGAACACGGCAAGGAGCCCGACUAUGAGGCCGAGCACUGCGAGACCUACUACUCGUGUCACGACCACCACGGGUCCCUGGAACACUGUCCCCAUGGCCACCAGUUCGACUUCCACGACAAGGAGUGUCACGAGGACAAGUACGUCUACUGCCAGGAGCAGCGCAAGUCCUACAGCGGCCAUGACAGUCACGAUGACAGUCACCACCACAGCAGCAGCGGCAGUAGCAGCGGAUUCGACGACAGUCUGUACUACAUGAUGGCCAUGAAUGGUCUGGGCGGCUUGGAGGGGGGUGCCAACGGUGGGAAUGGCGGGCAGAACGGUGUGGGCGGCUUGCUGGGCGGCCUGGGGGGGCCGGCAGCAGCAGCAGCUUUACUGAACGCCAGGGCACUGAACAUCCCGGCCAAUGCAGCGGCACUGAACAUCCAGGGCAAUGCUGGGGUACUGCCAAUCCAGGGAAAUGCCCUGCAGGGCGCUCCUCUUCCAAACCAGGUUGGGUUUCCGCCAAAUCAGGUUGCCAAUUUGCCAAACCAGGUUGGGUUUCCGCCAAAUCAGGUUGCUAAUUUGCCAAAUCAGUUUGGAUUUUUGCCGAACCAGGCUGGAAAUUUGCCAAACCAGUUUGGUAUACAGCCAAAUCAGUUUGGAUUUCUGCCAAACCAGGCUGGAAAUUUGCCAAACCAGUUCGGUGUCCAGCCUAACCAGUUGGGAGGCCUGGGCCAGGUGUUGCCGGGACUGGGUCUGGCAGCGAACCCAUUUAACCUGGGCGGUGCCAACGUCAACCAGAUCCAGGUGGCGGGCGCUGCAGGACGAGCCAAAGGACUGGCGGCCAACCAGGACCAGAGUGUGCAGCUGGACAGUAGUGGCCUCAACUCUAAGGGCGGCGCACCUGCAGGACAGACCGCAGUGGACCAAGGCCAGAAGAUCGUCAUUAACCAAGAAAACGACGUCCCACCAGCCAGCGGACCACCCGCAGUCCAGCCCCGCCUAGCAUCUGGGGUAGACAACCAGCCAGCAGGGGCAAACAACCAGCUGACGGGAACAGACAAUCAGUCGGCUCCUGUAGGCGGUCCAUUCCUCAUCCCUAGUUUUCCAGCAGUGCAGGUACUGGCUACCCGACCGGCAACAGCCUCUGGUUUAGUCCUCACACAGCCGACUAGGGUAGAAGCCUCUGGUAGAGCUCAGGCACCAGAAAUCGGACAGGUUCAGGCUCAAGGUGACGCCCAGGCUGGGGCUACAGUCUCAGGACAGGCUCGAGCCUUAGCUGGUACUGAGGUGGUGGCAGGAGGAACCCCACUCAUCACCGCUGACCCUACCCGUUCGCAAGAUGUCACGCUACCUCCCCAACUUGUAAGGCCUGUGGUCCAAAGGGUGACUACUCCGUUCUGGUGGCUUGAAGGCGGCCAUGCGACGUUGCCUCCCUUGAAUAGUGCCGACAGCCCAUGGUUCGUUCCUGACGAUUCCCUCCCAUGGGUGCCAGUGGAGCUACCGAACUCCCAGACCAAUUAAAAUGUGCCUGUUAUGCCAGCGUCUGACCUAUUCGUAUGUUUCAUCGUGCAGACAAGCAGCAAAGACUUGGAUUGAUCAAGGGAUGGACCCUCUGUGCAACGAAUGAAACUUGGCCUAUUUAAUCAUUUAUAAGUAUUUGGACAUAAUAAUAUUCGAGACUGGUGUUGUGGUUUAUUGAAAUUAAUAAACAUAUAAUCAGGUGAUAA